CCUGUGUGCAGCGAGCUAGAUUGAGUUCAGCCCCUUCAGCUGGAGGCUCGGGUUUAUCUGGAACUAAAGAGAAAGCUAUUCAGGAGCUGUGCGCUGCGAGGUGAAGGAAGGCUCCGUUUUGGACGCUGGGGGGGAGCGAGAGAGGACCGGGAGCCGGGGAGUUGACCUUUUCUGCAUAGACUCGGGUUUGUGAGGGCGAGCGGGGAGCUAUGGAGAUGUUCUCUGUUCUUUGGGUACUUUUAUUGUGCCAGCUAUUGACAUCAUCCUCAGCCCAGAGGCCUGGCCCAAUAGGAGCUCCUGGGCUUCAAGGACCCCCAGGGCCACCAGGAAGGGAUGGCACUGAUGGUAAACCAGGACCUCCUGGCCUGCCGGGGAAACCAGGUCCCAAAGGGAAAGCAGGAAUACCAGGGGCGCCAGGACAACCAGGACUGCCAGGACUUCCAGGUGUAGAUGGUUUGACAGGUCCUGAUGGUCUUAUUGGCAGAGUUGGACUCCCAGGAGAACCAGGUGAACCUGGACCUUCCGGACCACCCGGACCUCCUGGCAGAGGGAGACCAGGAGCUCCAGGACUUCCCGGCACCAACGGGUUGCCAGGCGGACCAGGACCCCAGGGUCCAGUGGGUGCCGAGGGUCUACCAGGUCUUCCCGGACCUCCUGGCCCAGAUGGACCCCCAGGUCUUCCUGGUACCCUUCAUGAUCUAAACGGCGAGCUUCUGUGUCCUGCAAUCUGCCCCCCUGGCCCACCUGGUCCUCCAGGUAUGCCAGGAUUCAAGGGUCACACUGGGCACAAAGGAGACAAGGGAGAGCCUGGAAAAGAUGGAGAGAAAGGUGACUCUGGUCCACCGGGCCCACCAGGUCUUCCCGGCACUGUGGGUCUGCAGGGCCCACGUGGUCUAAGAGGUUUACAAGGCCCAAUGGGAUCCGUAGGCGACAGAGGCUUCCCUGGUUUCAGAGGCAGGCCUGGCAUUGCUGGAAUUAUUGGAAAGACAGGUGAUGGUGGUGAAAGAGGACCACAGGGAUUCAAAGGACCUAAAGGAGAAAUAGGAAAAAUUGGUCCCAAAGGAGCUCUUGGUGGACCAGGGCCCAAAGGAGAGCCUGGUAUUCCUGGGAGAGAUGGCAAAGACGGAACCCCAGGGUUGGAUGGUGAGAAGGGCGAUCCCGGACGCCACGGGGUAGUUGGAGAGAAGGGACCAAAUGGCCUUCCCGGUCUCCAAGGAAAGGCUGGUGCAAAGGGAUCUAAAGGAGAAGUUGGUAAUCCAGGAAAGUCUGGGGAGACGGGACCCUCUGGAGAGCCAGGUAUUCCUGGUGAGAUUGGCAUCCCAGGAGAGAGGGGGAUAGCAGGUCCCAGAGGAGUGGCAGGAGGUAUUGGACCAGUGGGCAACUCUGGGCCUCAGGGAGUGAAAGGCUUCCAGGGAGUCAAAGGAGACUUGGGAGAUCCAGGUCUUCCAGGACCAACAGGAAUCCGAGGAGAAUUUGGCGACAGGGGUCCAGUUGGAGCUUCUGGACCUAAAGGAGACAUGGGUGUUGCAGGAAGUGAUGGUUUACCAGGAGAGAACGGAGAGCCUGGUCCCUUUGGGCCAGUUGGACAAAAAGGGGAGCCAGGGAAGCGAGGUGAACUGGGACCUAAAGGUGUGACGGGUCCACAAGGAGAGAUUGGGGCAAGGGGGCCUCCAGGAAAAGAAGGACCAAUGGGCUUCCAAGGGGAACAGGGUGUCCCUGGAAUUCCAGGAAAGCGAGGUGUACCUGGUAAACUGGCAAGUGAGCAACACAUCAGAGAGCUAUGUGGUCCAAUGAUUGAUGACCAGAUUGUACAACUGGCUGCUAAUCUGCGAAGACCUCUAGCACCUGGAAUGGUGGGCCGCCCCGGCCUUCCCGGGCCUCCAGGAAAGCAAGGAGUUGCCGGCUCUAUUGGGCAUCCAGGUGCUCGUGGUCCACCAGGGUACAGAGGCCUGCCAGGAGAACUUGGAGAUCCGGGUCCCAGAGGUGAUGUUGGUGAGGCAGGUGAUAAGGGAUCCAUUGGUAAAGCCAUUGAUGGGCCUCCUGGAGACCAAGGAUACCAAGGUCUUCCGGGGGUGCCUGGAGUUGUUAAAGAUGGGCGUGAUGGGUCUCCAGGAGAUCCAGGUGAGCCUGGAGAGCCAGGCAGGGUAGGCAGGACUGGGCACCAGGGAACUCCUGGAAUCUGUGACACAUCAGCUUGCCAGGGAGCAUCAUUUGCUGGGAAAUCCCCCAGCCCCAAAAACAAUUAAGCAUAACUUCCUGCACCCUGAUGCCAUCCACUCCGAGGAGGGGAAACGAUAAGUGAGGAUAAAAGGAAUGAAAGAAAAGAGUGGCCACAAAGAAAGUCCUCUUUAUUUAAAUACAUGCAUCACAAGUUGGGAAGAUCAGAAGGUGUGAUAUUUUGAAACGAAUAGAGGAACAUCCCACGAGUGACAUGAACACCAGAGCAACUGAGAGACAAAAAAAACAAAACAAAAAUCAAGAUGACAUCCAGAAAUGAAAUGGAAAGAGGCAAAGAGAAGUGCAAGAGAACAACUGCGUUGAUCCAAGUACUAUCACAUAACAAGACUUGACUUACAAACGCCUGGAAAGUGAAUGAUGAGUCCUUUUGUAUAAAAACUUUGUACAUGUUGCUUCAACGCCCCAAUCACUUUGGUUAACAUCCUUCUGCAGAUCAAAAAAACAAAAACCGGUGACUGUCUCUGAUGUGAAUGUGCAUUUAUCAUAACCCAUUAUGUAAAUCACAGAUGUUACCUCAACAUGGAAAUAAGUGCAAGAGGCAUAAGUCUCUGUGGAGGAGCUGUGUAUGUACUGUAAAAGGAAUAAAAAACAAAUACCCAGGUUCCCA